AUGAGCAGCAGCAGCAACAGCCAAAGCAGAGGCAACAACAGCAGCAGCAGCAGCAGUAACAGCAGAAGCAACAGCAGCAACAACCGUAGCAGUGGCAACAACAACAGCAGCAGCAGCAGCAGCAGCAACAGCAACGGCAGCAGCGGGAGCGAGCGAGUCGCAGCAGCAGCAGCAGCAGCAGCAGCAGCAACAGCAGCAACAACUACAACAGCAGCAACAGCAGCAGCUGGAGCAGCAGCAACCACAAAAGCACCAAAAGCAGCAGCAACAACUACAACAAACGCAGCAGCAACAGCAGCAGCAGCAGCAGCAACGACAAAUGUAGCAGCACGAUGCAGCAACAGCAGCAGCAGCAGCAGCAACAGCAGCAGCAGCAGCAGCAGCAUCAGACAUACCCGCAUCAACAAAAAGAGGCCCCCAUGCUCCUAA